CGAUCAACCAAAUCAGAAAAUCGACUUCCGUCUCUCUCUCUCUUGCAGUUUCCAAUUCCCCUGUGCCCUACGCCCAAUUUUCUCCUUCUCAUUUCUCGACGAAGCGAAAGCGGAACCCUAGCGCCCAAAUCUCAGGCUCUUUGGCUACCCUCCGCACGCGCUCCAGCGCUCAAGCUCUCCAAUCAAUCUCGGUAAAAGGUUUGUAGCCGGAGUCUUCUGUUGUCAAAUAUGAGUGGCCGAUUUUCUCGCACGAUCUACGUUGGCAACCUUCCCUCAGAUAUAAAAGAAUGGGAGGUUGAAGAUCUAUUCUACAAGUAUGGCCGCAUAGUGGAUAUUGAACUGAAGAUUCCACCGCGUCCUCCUUGUUAUUCUUUUGUUGAGUUUGAGAGUUCUCGGGAUGCAGAAGAUGCAAUCAGGGGGCGUGAUGGGUAUAACUUUGAUGGGUGCCGUUUAAGGGUUGAACUUGCCCAUGGUGGUAGGGGCCCAUCUUCAAGUGAUCGUCGUGGUGGGUAUGACCGAGGUAGCAGUGGCGGAGGCAGUGGUGGGGGCCGAUUUGGUGUUUCACGUCAUUCUGAAUAUCGAGUUAUUGUUCGUAAUCUCCCUUCUUCAGCCUCGUGGCAAGACUUGAAGGAUCAUAUGCGUAAAGCUGGUGAUGUGUGUUUUGCUGAGGUUUCUCGUGACAGUGAAGGGACUUAUGGCUUAGUUGAUUAUACAAAUUCUGAUGACAUGAAAUAUGCUAUCCGGAAGCUUGAUGAUACUGAAUUCAAAAAUCCUUGGGCAAGGACUCAUAUUCGGGUUAAAUACUACGAUAGGAGUCCCUCAAGGAGUCGUAGCAGAAGCCGAAGUCGUAGCAGAAGCCGAAGUGUGAGAAGGAAUCGGAGCAAGUCGUUGGACCGAUCUGUAUCAAAAUCAGUAAUCAAGAUCAGUAUCAAGAUCUAGGUCUCCAUCGCCGGUUAAAUCUUCCAGGCCACGAUCAAUAUCAAGGUCAAGGUCAAGGUCCAGGUCAGAAUCACCCGAGCGG